UACGGUCAUUUAAAGGAGCUGUGAGAUUAUCCGCGCUCCAUUCUAUCCUCGCUCCCAGAAUGUCAACUUGUGACUCUGCCAAAACAGCUUGGUCUCCGCCAUCCCUUGGUGCUGCGUGCUUCAUGUCCAUCCCAGCCGAGGACGUUCCCCGCGCAAAAUCUUUCUACAAAAAAGUCUUUGACUGGACUUUCAAACCCUCCCCAGAUCCCACCUCAUACCCCGACGCCAGUUUCGCCAUGUUCUAUACACCUUCGCCGAUUCUCAUGGGAGCAAUCGUCAAAUCAAGCGAAAACUCCGCUAACACGCCUGGUGUUGGGAUCGACAUCUAUUUGCUGGUUGAUGAUAUUGAGGGCACGUUUGAGAAGGCGAAAAGUGCCGGAGGCAGCGUGGCGAUGGAAAUGGUCGCAGACGGAAAUCACACCUUGCGCGGGAAAGUUGCGGAUACUGAGGGAAACGUGAUUGGGAUAUUGAAGUGGUUAGCUUGUUAAACAAGAUUGAAUAAGAUGAGGGCUUGUAUGACGGCUGACAUGUUUUUCUUUGUGUAUACUCCGAGUAUAUAUACUAACUCACAAUGUUUCAACGUUCAACUUU